AAUAGGAAUAUAUAUAUGUCCGCCAAUCUAAAAAAGAAAAAGAAAAAAAGAAAUCUGAAAUGCGUUUUGUAACUGUUGAGAGUUAGCAAACAAACACAUGCUGAAUCUCUCUCUUGCCCGCUUUGCCCGUUCUUUCUUCUCUCUGCACAUCUCCACAGACAUCAAUUCCCUUUUUGACUAAAAUUCCGCGACUUGGGCUUUUUAUUUAAUCCUUUUUUCAAGUGAAUCUUACUUCUCUCUAUGCCAAAAUCGCUUCCUUUUUAUUUCUUUCUCACUCUCUCUAAAUUCGCUUGGAUUUUGUAGGGUUUUUCUUUUGUUGUUUUCUCUCGUCGUCUGAUCAAAGCUUCUGUUUCCUUUUUCUUCUCGUUCUACUGGGUUUGUGGGAGAUGGGUUUAGAUUCCGUCAAAGUUAUGGAGAAUUGGCAAUCGAACAAAUCUAAUGAGAGUGAGAAGAAGAAGAAGCGGAGGAAGAAGAAGAACAAUGUCAGAAACAGUGAAGAAGGCGAAGAAGCGAAUGGGUGCUGGGUCAAAUUUAGGGUUAUGAUUUGUUGCGUACCUUCAACAUCAGACGUUGAUAGCUCUCUCAGCGUCUCUACAAGCACUGUGGGAAGUAAGUCGGCAAUUGUGAAAUCAAAUGAUCAACCGGCUGGUCCGGUUUCUUCUACAACAACAACUAGCAAUGCAGAAAGCUCUAUGUCGACUCCAAUGAUAAGUGAAGAGCUUAAGAUCUAUUCUCACUUAAAGAAGUUCACUUUCAUUGAUCUCAAGUUGGCUACUAGAAAUUUCAGACCGGAAAGUCUUCUCGGGGAAGGUGGGUUUGGUUGUGUCUUUAAAGGGUGGGUGGAGGAGAACGGAACUGCUCCUGUUAAGCCUGGCACGGGGCUUACUGUGGCGGUCAAAACCUUAAACCCUGAUGGACUUCAAGGUCACAAAGAGUGGCUCGCUGAGAUUAAUUAUCUCGGUAAUCUUCUCCAUCCCAAUCUUGUUAAGCUGGUUGGUUAUUGUAUCGAAGAUGAUCAAAGGCUGCUGGUAUAUGAAUUUAUGCCUCGAGGGAGUUUGGAGAAUCACCUUUUCAGAAGGUCGUUGCCUCUUCCAUGGUCGAUUCGGAUGAGGAUUGCAUUAGGUGCAGCAAAGGGUCUCAGUUUCCUUCACGAAGAAGCUCUAAAGCCUGUUAUCUAUCGGGAUUUCAAGACCUCCAACAUUUUACUAGAUGCAGAAUACAAUGCAAAACUAUCAGAUUUCGGGCUUGCCAAAGAUGCUCCUGAUGAAGGCAAAACCCAUGUGUCUACUCGGGUCAUGGGCACUUAUGGUUACGCUGCUCCUGAGUAUGUAAUGACUGGUAAACCGCAUCUCCUUGACAAGAGAAGAUUCUACAGGCUGCUUGAUCCGAGGCUGGAGGGUCAUUUCUCCGUCAAAGGAGCUCAGAAAGUGACUCAGCUUGCAGCUCAAUGCCUUAGCCGUGACUCCAAACUCAGACCCAAAAUGAGUGAAGUGGUUCAAGUCCUUAAGCCACUCCCACAUCUCAAAGACAUGGCUAGCUCUUCUUACUACUUCCAAACAAUGCAAGCCGAGCGGUUGAAAUCUGUGUCUGGGUCUGGCUCUGGUCGUGGGUUCGGGUCCAGAAACGGACAACCCGUGUUUCGGACUCUGUCUAGUCCUCAUGGCCAAGCUGGUUCUUCGCCUUACCGUCAUCAGAUUCCGUCUCCAAAGCCCAAAGGUGCUACUACUUAG